AGUAUUUUGUUUGAUGCAUUUUCCAACCUUGGCUGAAGGCACCACCUCCCCGAUCCUCCCCUUCACCCCAGAUACCUGCCACCUGCUCCUGUCCCUCCCUGCUUCAGUCAUCAUUGACCAAACCGACUCACACCUUAUCCGACAGAAUGUUGUCCACAGUGUGGAAGACGAGGGUACUGCUUCCCAUCCUGUGUUUGGCGGCCACCGGCCUGUUCUAUAAAUCCAAAUGGAGUGUGCAGCCCUUAUUUUCCCGCUGGCUGGACGAGUUGCACGUUUGCAACUGUCAGCAGUGCUUGACUGAGGGCGAGCACGAGUUUAAAGCGAUAAUGGAUGAAUCGCCAAAGCCGUUUUUGUCCACGCAAACCUUAACGUCGGAGGACGACUUCAACUGGUGGAAGAAAUUGCAGACGGAACAGCGCCCCUUCAGUUUCUUCAAUGAAACUGUAAAGAAACUAUUGGCAAUCUUUCCACCCAUCCCCGAAGUUGAGCCUCCGUCACCCGACCGUUGCCGGACUUGCGCGGUCGUGGGCAACUCGGUCAAUCUAAGGGGAUCGCACUACGGGCCUCUGAUUGAUCACCAUAACAUCAUAAUAAGAAUGAACUACGGGCUUACAAAGGGCUUCGAGUCGGACGUCGGCACCAGGACAACUCAUCGCGUCAUGUACCCCGAGAGCGCCACCUAUUUGGACAACAGCACUCGUCUCGUCUUCUUUCCGUUCAAGAUAAACGACAUGCUGUGGCUCCUCAAGAACUUCAACCCGCAAGAUAACGUUGAGAAACCAAAGAUGCGAGGCAACAAGGACUUGGUGAUGAUCCUCAACCCCGGCUUCAUGAAAUAUACACAUGAAAGGUGGCUGGGGAAAAAAGGCAGGUACCCGUCCACUGGCUUCAUGACUCUGUUGCUGACCUUGCAGAUGUGUGACGAGGUCAGCGUCUUUGGGUUUGGCGCCGACUCGGACGGAAACUGGAGCCAUUAUUUUGAAAGGCUGGCAUACAAAAAAUUGAGAACUGGUCCUCACCCUGGUAUGCAGGAAUAUGAAGUCAUUCAGAAGUUGCAUCAGAAGAAGAUAGUCCAUUUUUUUAAAGGAAUGUAAUAAGUACUGGAAUUCUUGCCAUAUUUUUCAUUUUUUUUUUUUUUCGUCUGGCUUAGGACACCAUUUUUCUACCAAUUUAGUUGUAAAUAGACAAUUUGAUAUACACCAUAUUCC